AUUCCAUCCACAACCGUUUGCACCAUUUGAACCAAGUCAUCGAAUCAGAAACUGUUUGAUGCAAUAACUUAAAUCAAUGAUAUUAGAGAUUGCUUAGCGCGCAGAAUAAAUUGACAGCGCAGGCUAACUGUUAUUUCUAUUCAUCGUAAGUUUCGUAAACCAAGAUCAUAUUCUGGUCUUCUCGAUUGAAUUACUCCUUCGAUAGAUUUGUAGGCAUAUGUUUUGUGAUUCUGUUGGCUCCACUUCGAAUUGUAAUGGUUCAUCGUCCGCAAACUCCCGUAACGUGCACAUGAGUAAUAACCUUGGACUUCAAGUCGAACAAGUAGUUUUUUAAAAUACUUUAAAGUUUUCGACUCAGGUUCGUUGGUUUUAUCGCGAUUCCAACAACAAACGUUGGGUACCGUUUAGUGGUUACGAUUCUAUCAAUUUGGAGUUGAAUUAUCGAAGCCGCCUUGUCUGUAAUAAAAGCGACUGUCUGUUUGAUCAAACUGGAGCUUCAAUAUGCAACUCAGAACAGUCUUCCGUCAAUCACAAAGUAUCUGUAAGGGGUGGAAUUUAUGAAGCGGAUAUUGAUAGGCGAUGUUGUGUUCCUACUUACUGGCCGGUUGAAAGGUGUCCCGCACGUAUUUUGCGCGGCACUUGGUUUCGCGAAGGUUAUGGUGGUACCCUUGAACCUUUUGAUGAUGAGUCAAUGGCUGAACGUUUAGAAGCGGAGUACAUCAAUUGGUACUUAAGAAAACCUCAGAAUAUCGCUAUCUCGGAUAAACCUUUGUACUCAAAUAGCAGUUUGUUCACUAGAAUAGAUGUCAGCACACCACUUCAUUCUGUUGUUAGCGCUCCAACUCUUCGAUAUGCAGAUGCUAUAAAAACAAGCGAAUUGGUUGCCGAAAAUUCUCAGUCCUCUCGUUCUGAAAAUAAAGAUUUAACAAUUGGAGUAGAAAACUAUUCAGAUGAUAACGUCUGUGGUUCCACUGUGUUGAAAAAACGAGUUCCUUGUCAAACGAUUCACUUCACUGAUUGUCAUGUCGAUUGUUAUGGAGAAAAUGAAUUGUAUUUGUAUUAUGAAUCCACUAGCUUAUAUAUCAGACAAAAACUGGGAAUGCAGAAAGUCGGUACUCGUUUGUGUCGUGGUUUUAAUGAUUUGGCCCUAAAGGAGGAUAAAAUCGCCGAUGUUUCUCAUCUUUGUUUUGUUAUCCAUGGGAUCGGUCAAAAAAUGGGUACCAACCUUAUUCUGAACAAUUGCAAUGAGCUUCGUGAUACUUGUGACAAAAUAAAAACUCGUUACUUUUCACAUUUGGAUAAAGAAAAUAAACGUGUGGAAUUUUUACCUGUUGAAUGGCGAACUGUUUUACAGUUAGACGGUAAUACAGUUGAAUCAAUCACUCCUGUUCAUCUUCGAGGACUUCGUACAGUUCUGAAUUGUUCUGCUAUGGAUAUUAUGUAUUAUACUAGUCCUUUGUAUCGAGCUGAAAUUAUUUGCAGUUUAAAAAGUGAACUCAAUAGAUUAUAUGAUAUGUUUCGUCGGUUGAAUCCUGAUUUUGAAUCUCGAGGUGGAAAAGUUUCAAUAAUUGCUCAUUCUCUUGGAUGUGUCUUAGUUUACGAUCUAAUUACUGGCUGGAAUCAAGUCCAUGAUAAUGAUCCAUUAACUGAAAUCUUAUUAAAUAAAUCAACUGAUAAAAAUAUAUUUUUCCAUUCAGCUUCCACAAAAUUGUCAAAUAUUACGGAUAAGACUUUACCAAACAAUAACUUGAAUGUGCUAUAUCCUGAUCACAGACUGUCGUCUAAUGGAAACUUGGAACAAAUUGCUCGUGUUAAUAUUCGGUUGGAAACUGCAAGGACAUUGGUGAAUAAUUUACAACAGGAAUUAAGCAGCUUGCUAUUUACUCGUGACAAUCACAUGAAUUGUGAUUCUCAGAAGUCAAAUGUUAGUAAUAAUCAUCAGGACGACCAGUCAGUAUAUAGUAAACCUUCAGUAUGUCACCCAAACUCUUCAUUACAUCAACAAAAUCCUUUAUUGUUUGCGGAUAAUUUAGAAAACCUUUUCUGCUUGGGCUCACCUUUGGGCGUGUACUUGGUUUUGCGUGGUAUCCGCCCUGGUCCUUUUCAAACUCAAGACUCAAUACUUCCUCGAAAAAUUUGUCCCCGGAUUUUUAACAUUUACCACCCAGCAGAUCCUGUAGCUUAUCGUUUAGAACCAUUAAUUUUAAAAUAUUAUUCCACUAUCCAACCAGCUCUGAUUCAUCGAGUUGAUGCUGUUUCAAAACCAUGCUAUGACACACUUCCUUUGCUUGAAUAUUCUGGUAAAGAAUUCAAACAUCCAAAACCACAAAAUUGUCAUCAACAAGUAGCGAAAAACCCUUGCUCAGAUACAAAUCAACUUAUAACCACACAAGAUGCAGAUUCCUCUAGACGUUCAUCAAUUGCUAGUCGAUUAUUUGGUUUCUUCUCACGAGCACCAUAUUUACCUGUUGGAAGUCAAGAAACAGGAGGAAUCGAUCUUACUCUUUCCGAAAAAUUAUCUAACCAUGACAAUGAUGAGAAAAUUAAUUCUAUAGAGAAAUGUUCUGAGUUUUGUAAUUCUACAAAUAAAAAAGAUCAAAGAACAACAAAUUCACUUACUUCAUCAUUAUCAUCUAAUGAUUUAUUUGAAAAUGAUUUAUGUUGUUAUGAACCGUUACAACUUGAAUGUCGAUUAGAUUUUGAAUUACAAAUAUCACGUUAUGAAAAUAUGUACCUUUCUCUAUUGACAUCACAUACUAGCUAUUGGACUAAUCCAGAUAUUUGUAUGUUUAUCAUGACAUAUUUAUUUCCAUUAAAACCCGGUUCAACAGAUUAAAAUAUCAUAAUUCCAUUUGUGUUUAUCUCCAAAAAUAUUGAUUUAUUCUGUUUUUUUCUUUUCUUUUUCUUUUUUUUUUAAAAUUUUUUUUUAUUUUUCAUUGGUAAAUAUUUCUACCGUAAGAUGUUGUUAUGCUUAAUUUUAUUUAGAUGUUCAACUUUGUCAUACUACUACCUUCUUGUUAAAUAGAUUAAAAGAUUAUCAACCACUUACUUACAUCAUUUAAUAAGUUAAAACAUGAUUAUUUUAUAUUUCCAUUAUCAUCAAUCCACUUAUUUAUUAAAUAAAAUUUACCAGAAACUAAGUAGGAAAAACAACUGAAUUCUUUUCAUACAGCAUUACACAUUCUGUAUAUUUGUGUAUUCUAUUUAUGGAUGGAUGAUUAGUCUAGAUCACUAAUUCUAUCCUUAAGUCUUUCAACAAUUAUGUACUUUAAAUGUUUGUUAUUAUUGUCAAUGUUAUUGUAUUCACCAUCUCUAUAGAGUUCUGAUAAUUUGAUCAUUGUCACUACAAGAAAGUAUCAUAUAUUGUAAAUUAAUUUUUCCUAACAUACUAUAUGUAUUCAUUCAUUUAUCAGACAUUUAUUUUCUCUUUUCAUUAUCACUUUUUUUUCCAUCAAUAUUUCAAUAAUUUUACUUGAUAUAAUUAAAGCUUUUCAAUAUUUUAUUAUUCCAAAUAAUACUCAUUUAUUAUUGUAUAUAGAUGCAGAAUGCAGUGGAAAUGUUAGGUUGAG